AUGCCUAACCAAUACACUUCGCAACAACAAACACACUUUAUCACUCGACAUCACCCGCACCCGCCUCCUUCGCCCCCAAUGGAGGAACAAAAGUGCUCUCUACCUUCGAUCUCGAACCUACUGGGUUUGGCCGACGCUGGCUCACCCACGAGUGAGUCUUCACCUAUUUCAAGGCAGCAUUCUCCUCGCUUUGAGGUUCCUCAUUCACACAAUCGAUCUGGAUCAGAAUGGGCCAAGUCAUCACACCGCGGGCUACCCCCCACACCACCUAUGAGCACAGAUGCCUCAUUUGAAGGCUACAGCUCGCCUCCAAGGAAAACAUCCAACCAGACAUAUCCAGGCUCAGCUCCCAGACCAUACUACUACGAGACCACGCCACCACUAGAAGCCGAUGCACACCGGCAGGCACCAGUUGCGGCUAUUCCUCGAGUGACGCCUCCCGCCCCUGCUCCUUACACUCACCAGCCUCAUCCCUCAGCAUAUAACAACCCACCACCACCAGUUGGUAGCUAUUAUCCAGCGGUGCAACCUCCCGUUGUUGCCCAGCCUGCGGAGAUGAACCCGUAUUACCAGCGCCCUCUCCCGCAAGCAUACCCUCCUCCUGUGACCAUGCCGGCACCUUCUCCGUCCGGAUCCAACCCUUGGCAACAUCAUCACUACCUUAACCCAACUGGUGCUGCCGCUUUCCCCCAGAGUCAGGAUCGCUACAUUUGCCCGACUUGCAAUAAGGCAUUCAGUCGACCUAGCAGUCUUCGAAUUCACAGCCACUCCCAUACCGGAGAGAAGCCUUUCAAGUGCCCCCACUCCGGGUGUGGUAAGGCAUUCAGUGUACGCAGCAAUAUGAAGCGUCAUGAGCGGGGAUGCCACAGUUUUGAGUUUAAUGGAUCAGUGAUUCGCGGUUGA